AUGGGGAGCAUCCGCCAGGUAGAACUUACCAAGGACAUCAAGGCGAAGCAGUGGCACGUGGCCGCGUCCUUGGUGUGCGCCGCAGUCGCCGCGUCCGUCACGCUGAACAUCAUCAUCUAUACAGCGCUGGUGAACACGUCCGCGCAAAGUCACUGGCAAGAGUGUACGCGCCUCCUCAGCGACCUCCGGCAUGGCGCCCUCCAGGCUGACCACCAGCUGUGCAACGCUGCGGGCCGCGCCUGUGCCGAGUGGCGUCGGCUGUUGCUGCAGCUGUGGCAUUUCCAGGCGUGUGGCAUGGCAGUGGACGCCCACGGGGCCAGUGCAGCUGCCAGGGCCUGCGCAGGCUGGCGGGCGGCCUUUGCGCUGCUGCAGGCGUGGACCAAAGCCGCACUCCAGGCCACGGUGGUGAACCACAACGUGGCGGUGACCCGACUGGAGAAGGUUUCGAAGUGGCAGCCGUCCUUGGAAAUCCUCACGGAGAUGCAGAGGAAAGCAGUGGAACGGACGGUCAUUUCUCUGGCCUCUGCCAUCAGUGCCUGUGGUGCUGGCCAUUGGCAGCGGGCUGUGGCACUGCUGAGGUCGUGUCCUUGCCUGCAGCCGAAUGUGAUCGCCUGCAACGCUGCCAUCAGUGCCUGUGAGAAGCAAGGUCAGUGGCAGCAGGCAAUAGGCUUGCUUGCUGAGAUGGAGCUUCUGAGGUUGCAGGAGGACGUAAUCUCCCACAACGCCGUGAUCAGCGCCUGCGAGAAGGGCGGCCUCUGGGAGCGUGCCCUGGCGGUGCUGGCGCGGAUGAGGUCUCGCCGGGUCCGUGCCACGGAGGUGACGCGCUCGGCCGUGGUCAGCGCCUGCGCCACGGCGCGCCGCUGGCGGGAGGCGCUUUGGGCGCUGCGGGCGCUGAGGCCUCGGCGUGGGAGCCACGACUUCGAGGCCAGCGCCAACGCGGCCAACGCGGCCAACGCGGCCAGCGCGGCCAACGCGGCCAACGCGGCCACCAACGCAGGCAUCAGCGCCUGUGCGAGGGCGUGGGAUUCGGCGCUGCAGCUGCUGCGGCACAUGCCUGCAGAGGCUUUGCAGCCAGACCUUGUCAGCUUCAAUGCUGCGCUUUCUGCCUGCAGGUGGCGUCAAAUCGUGGACUUGCUGGCCAGCAUUCGGUGCAGAGGGCUUGAGAAGGAUGUGAUCACCUACGAGGCCGCGGUCUGGGGCUUUGAGAAGGCUUCCCGCAGCCGGGAGGCUGUGGCUCUCCUGCGGGACCUGGAUGUGCUGCGCCGAGUUUUCCAAGCCACGCUGGACAUCCAGGCGUGCGGGCGCUUGCUGGAAGGCCCAGAGCGGCGAACUCCGCAGAUGUCUCCACAGGCGAGCAUGCAGGACAUGCAGGAGGCGCUGCACCCAAAGAGGAACGAGUCCAACGUGGAACAGCUCCUGCGAGAAUGGGACUCUCUCAAAAAAGUUGGUUCCCAGAACAUGGCGCCGGCGGUGCUGCUCAGCGAGCAGGAGCGAGUCACCGUGGAGAGCGCCCUGGACAACGCCGAGCUCAUGGCGCUGAAGCACGCGGAGAUCAGCGGCUGGUUUUUUGACCGCCGCACUGGCGAGCGCUGGCUGGCCGCCAAGGUGGCAGAGAUCUGCCGCGGAAAUCUGGCGGAGUGGAUGGCGUGGGCCUUCUUCCAUUGUACCCCAGACGAGGUGCCUCCCCAGAGGCGCGAGGAGAUGACAAAGCUCAUUGAGGAAGGUGUGCAGUGGGCCGGUGUUGACUUCCCUCCUGGCUACAACCCGCACGUGCAAGCCAUGCGACUGACCAUGGAUCCCAUUCCCUCCGAGCAUCGGCCACUGGCUUACUACAUUGUGACUGCGCUUGCAAUGCCCGUGGUGAACGGUUACAACCUCGAACACCUCGGGUUCCAUGCCCACAGGAGUGGCACGCUGUGGUACUGGCUGCGGCGCGGGCGAGGGAGACAAGGCGCUGAGCCUCCGCUGGUGUUCUGCCACGGCGUGGGCGUGAACUUGCUGCCCUACGUCCACUUCAUCAAUGAACUGUUGAGGCAAGUGCCGAGAGGCAAAGACAUCUUCCUGGUAUCCUUGCCGCACAUCUCCAUGCGCAUCAAGGAGGAUGUGCCCUCCUCCACUGAGAUGGUGGCGUGUUUGCGUGACAUGCUGGCGAGUUGGGAGCACACCUCCGCGCACUUCAUCGGCCACUCCUUCGGCUCCAUCGUGGUCGCCUGGAUGGCCCGCAACGCCAAGGAGAUGGUCAGCGUUGCCACCUUCCUUGACCCUGUUUGCUUCUUGCUCAUCAAGCCAGAUGUGUGCUACAACUUCAUGUACCGACAGCCUCAGACGGCGACGCAGCUGUUGAUGCACUACUUCGUGGCCCGGGAGUUGUUCAUUGCGCACAGCUUGUCCCGGAACUUCUUUUGGCAUCAGAACCUGCUGUGGCCAGAGGAGCUGGACAUGCCUUGCAUGGUGAUGCUCUCUGGGGAGGAUUCCAUUGUGCCAGCUCAUUCUGCCCCUUGGCCGCCACGAUCGAAGUGCGUGAAGUGCUCCAUUCCCCAGGUCCGGCGCUACCUCACGGGCUGGAUCCAGAAAAUCCGAGCAAACAAACAGGACACCUUCAGGUUGCUGUGGUUCCCCAACCUGGGGCACGGUGAGAUGAACUUUGGCCCGGUUGGGCUGGCUGCAUGCAAGCGCAUCGUUGCCGAGAUGAUGUCGCUCGAGGCAAGGUUAUCUUGUAGUUAG